AUGUUGCAAAACACAUGCAGGGCCAAGAAGGUUUGCAUUGGAAUAGUUAAGCUUCGCAAAGUGGCGUUCACUUUUCGAUCACAAAGCAGGAGCGUGUCGGCAUCGCAACAUAAUGCCUCAGUUUCAAUAUCGCAAUCUACAACAAAGAAGAGCGAAGUAUUGACUGUGAAACACUUUUCACAUGAUCCAUGUGAUGAAAUGACUACAGCAGUAGAUGAGCAUCGAGAUUUUGUACAGAACAAAAAAGUGCAGGGGAUUCCGAUAGCCUACGUUGGGAAGCUCUACAGGACAGCUGCGAGUGGAAAGACUAUUUAUCAUGGUAUGACCCUGGCAGUAGCAGAUUGUUGCUCAUUUGAAGCACAACUUCAUGAACGUCAGCUUGGCUAUGGAGAUCCAAGGUGUGACUCCUCAGCUUUGAUAUCGAAUUGCAGUUGGAUGAUCAAUACUGAGUUCACGGAAGAACGCUCACCUCGCUCUCUUACGAAGGUUUUGUUGAAAGCAGAUGAGCAAGUAUUGUGGAUUCCGAUAGAAAUGAAUACAAGAAAUUAA